AUGGCCGCUAAGAAAUCCUCUGGGACUACUACUACCAUGCGUCGCUCCAGCCCUACCACGGAGAUCCCUCUCCCCAUCACCUACACGCCCACCACCCACCGCAUUAGCAAGGCGAAGAAGGGAAAGCGUGUUCAUGCUUGCGAAUAUCCUGGAUGCAACAAGGUCUUUACUCGCGCAGAGCAUCGCAGACGCCAUGAGUUGAACCACAACCCCGAGGCACUGUUCCGUUGCACGCAUCACAACUGCAAGAAGGCUUUCCACCGUCCUGAUCUACUGGCCCGCCACAUGGAGAGACACGAGCUUGAGGCACAGAUGGACAACACGCAAUGGGAAAGACACAGCCGCGCUCCCAUGGUCUCCGAUGCCCACUACGUGCCUAAGUGCGCGCCCAUCGAUCCCAGCGCCGGAUCUUACCUCGCUGUCACCCAGCAGCCCAACUCCAUGUCUAUCGGCUCCCUAGUGGGCCCUGCUAUUCACCCCGAUCUGACCGGUGACUGUGGUAUGAUGUGGAACGGCAUGUCCCUGCACUCCGAGCACCAGACGCCUCUCUUCCCCGGUAACCACAUCCACGAGUCUGUGGAGGACACUCGAUUCUACGGAUCUCCCGAAACCUGCUCUUCUCCCUCUUCGGACGGUGCCACUUUGUCGAUUCCUUCUCACCCGCGAUCUUCUCUCUCCACGACUCCCGUUGUUGUCGACCCUUACCCCGAGAACAUCAUUGAGUCCGACUUGUCUUCUUCUCCCAUGUCUAUGCCCGCCAACGUCCGAUGCUGGGAUCAGCACGAUGCCGGCCUGCACUCGUCGAACUUGGUUCCCCUUUCUCUCCACGACAGUCUCGUCCAGCCCCCUCUCCAGUGCCACUACCCGUCUCCUGCAUGGUCAGCACCCCACCACCUGGGAUACGAGGAGCACGCUCUUCCCCCUGUCACCCACUACGCCUCCCCUGUGGGCUGGAAAUCGUGGGCGAUCUAA